AAGCAGAGAGAGGUGAGAGAGAGAGAGCAGAGAGAGAGAGAGAGAGCAGAGAGAGAGCGAGAGCAGAAAAAGGGAGAGAGACAGCAGAGAAAGAGAGGGGCACAGUUUGCUCCUGCAGCGCUGCAAGGACAGACUGCACUGACAGAGGGGACACACACACAGCCCAGCCUGAACAGAGACAUGUCUACAUAACAGGACCAUCAGCACACUAAUCAUUUCUGGACACUGACAGCAACACAGAACACAAAUAGAUGCCAAGGACUAGCCCCUCAAAACAACCUCACCAUCACAGUGAGGGAGGUCACAGUUUGAAGGUGGAACAGUUUGAAGACGGACAACGUAAAGUUGAAGGAAGACAUUUGUUCUGGAAGAGACCAACUAAAACAGGAGUAAUCAACAGUAUCAUCUACUCUCUGCGAUCUAUCUCUUGGAAGUGAAAAGGAGAGACUUUACAGUACAGGGCACUGGGCUGUGCUGCUCUGCCUUAAACACUCAUACCCUUCUGUGCUGCUUCUGUGCUGCUUCUGCUGCUACUGCUGCUACUGCUGUUCCAAACCAGGCUACAUCAGACAGAGGUACGCUGAACGUAGCAGCUCUGCUCUACACUCUAGCUAGCUGUACUGCACUGACUGACUGGUUGACUGACUGGUUGGACUGACUGACCAUGAGUGAGUCGAAGAAGGGUGAUCUGGCUAUCCGGGAUAAAGCCAUCCUAGGCCAGCAGAGGCGUCUGAAGCAGGCCACCCAGUUCACACACAAAGACUCAGCCGACCUGCUGCCCCUGGAUGGGCUCAAGAGACUGGGCACCUCCAAAGAUCUGCAGCCCCACAGCAUCGUGCAGCGCCGCCUCAUGGCGGGAAACAUCCCACAACUGCGUGGCGAGGCCCACGUGGGGAGACCCUCGCCCCUGGUCGACAGCAAGGAGGGGGGCGCCGGCGACGCAGAGGAGAAGAGCGAGAGCACGGCUGACGACUCCACAGAGGAGAGGGAUUCGCCGGAGGAGAGCGAGAGGAGCCUAGAGACAAGGUCGGACGAGGAGGAGGACAGCAGCGAGGCCGGGGGGAAGACAAGCAGCACGGCUGGGAACCAUAAAACAGAGGAGGGGAGGAAGGAGAGUCCUCUCACUGCCCUGCUGAUCCAGUGCAAGUGCUGUGACACUGAGGUGAAGGCUUCCAUCAACACCGGGAGUCAACACAACCGCAUCUCCAGCUCCUGCUGCAGGAGGCUUGGAUUACUUCCUACCCAGGAAGGUCCACCCUGUGAGCAGACAGAGGGCCAGGGCUCUGUGAGGGGCCUGCAGCUGCAGCUGGGCAGACAGAGUGUCCAGUGCUCUGCCCACGUCACCGAGGAUGAGGUGUUUGAGCUGUGCCUGGGUCUUCAGACUCUGCAGGAAAUCAAAUGCUGUGUGGACGUGAGCAGUAGAGUCCUAAAGCUCCAGGGCUCAGGGGAGGAGCUGCCUUUCCUGGAGCCGCCAUUGGUCAGCCAGUACCAUCACCAAGACAGCAAUGAGAACCUGUGACCCUGGCGGGUCACAACCUCCCAGCCGUCCCACACCCUCCUCUGAUUGGCUGGCGCUGUAAAAACAUGAUGCAGUCUGGGUCUGGACUGUCCAACCAGUGUCUCGCACUGCCAGCAACAUGGUUGAGCACCCCAAUUCUCUUCAGUUUACACCAUUGUGUUUGUUUCUGUGGAAUUAAGGCAUUACCAUGAUGUUACUGCUGUAUUGAAUUAGCCUAGUUUAUGGAGCGGAUGGAGCUCAAGAUUUGGGACGAUUCUAUGUAACAAUCUUCAUAAUUAUCUACUUAAUCAAGGUGUUUUUUUAUGUCAGACAGUGCAUCAUUGUUCAAUACACUCUUGGAGUUCUUUGGCUGUCCCCAUAGGAGAACCCUUUCUGGUUCCAGGUAGAACUCUUUUGUGUUCCAUGUAGAAUCCUCUUUGUAAAGAGUUCUACAUCGAUCUCAAAAGGGUUCUACCUGGAACCAAAAAGGGUUCUUCAAAAAGUCAUUUUUUCUAAGAGUCUACUGAAACAUACUGAGGAGUCAGACAAUGAUUAUCAUUUGAAAUGAACAUAUUGUGAUUUGGAAGUAUAAAAUAAUUUACGUUGAUCAUCAAUUAAAUGCCAAAACUGUUUAAAAUCAAAAUCAGUUCAGCCUUGAGGAAACAAUUAUAUCUCCCUCACAUCCCUUUACAGAGAGAUAGUCUUCUAGAUGUCCUAUCAUACGUGCUCAAGAGAAACGGUGAAAAAACAGGUCUUAUGAGACCUUUGAAUCUGCCUGUUAAAAAAAUCUAAUUGAGAGUCAGGACAGACAGGGAAUUCUGGAAGAGAUGUGAGGAGACUACUGCUAUUCCUGAACUAACUGCCUUCAGCCAAGUGAAGACUCUCUCUCUCUCUCUCUCUCUCUCUCUCGUCUAUUUUCCCAAAUGAAGAGUGCUCCUAAGAAUGUCACAAUGACCCACAUCAAAACUAGUUCUCAAUAAUUCCACUUAAAUGUCAAUAGAGUCCUGGAGCUAGAUGUGUGUGUCAGACGGACAGCACAGCAAAGAGAUACAAACAGUCCAUAAUUCCGCAGGAUUUUUUGUUGAAGUCUGAAUGUUAGUGUUCCUGUGAGAGUGUGUCAGUGUGUGUGACUUGGAGAUGUGCGAGUGUGUGUACGUACUGGUAGAUGUGUGUGUGUGUGUAUGUGUGUGUGUCUGUGUGUUGGAUGCAUGUCAAUCGAGGAGGGGCUUUUCUGUUUUGAUAUGGUUAGUGGCUAGUGUUUCACAUGGGAAAGAAAAAGGGACGAGUUCUAUUUACUUCUCCUCCUCCUCCCAGCUCCUCCUCCUCCUCCCAGCUCCUCCUCCUCCUCCCAGCUCCUUCUACUCCUCCCAGCUCCUCCUCCUCCUCCCAGCUCCUUCUACUCCUCCCAGCUCCUUCUACUCCUCCCAGCUCCUCCUCCUCCUCCCAGCUCCUUCUACUCCUCCCAGCUCCUUCUACUCCUCCCAGCUCCGGUCAGAGGGAGUUGCCAAGACGCAGCCGACCCCAGCUGCCUUCCUUCCCUUGUCUUCUUCAGGGGACAUUAAUCACUCUGCUCCGAGGCUGCUCUCUGGGCCAAGGCCCUCAUAGAUGUUUGUUUAAGCAUAUUCUCUCUCUCUCCCUCUUAAUUUUUGAAGUUCGGGAAACAAAUCUGCUUGGUACAUUUUUCUCUUCUCGUUUGUUCCACUUUUGCUGACGUACGUUAUUCACUUUGACAAGCCUUGUUUGCUGAUUUGGUAUUUUACUAGGACCAGCGCAGCGGUACAGAAUUAUCAUCAAGCCUCUUGUUGCCUGACUGACAGUUUCACACUACAGGGUCGACUACAGGGCCGAAACGUACUGUGCUGGCUUGAAUAUCGUAUUUUCUCAUUAUCCUUUACAGCACGGUUCCAGCUACUAUGGUGGAGUUGUAACGAGGCCAACCCAGUACUGUACAGCUCGGCUUGGUUCAGUUUGACCCUAUGGUGUGAAUCAGGCACGUGAGAGACCCAAAAGGCCACACUAAAAUCUUCCCACUAACAUGCAUUAUACUCUGCCUUGAUCCAUUCGCAUUGUUUGGACAAUCAGGAAGCGCUUCAGACGCCCUCAGAAAGGUCUUCAUACUCUGCUUUUACCAUCUGGACCUGUAUUCAAAGAGUCUCUGAGUACGGGUUUCCACUAGAUAGCACAGCCACAAAGUCAUAAUUGGCUAUAUCGAAAAAAAUACAUGAAAACAAAAAUGAGCUUUUUGGUCUUAAUUCAAGGUUAGACAUAAGUUUUGCAGUGUGGUUACGGUUAGGUUUAAAAUCAGAUUUUUGGAAGAGAUGUAGAAAUAGGCUGGGUUUAUGACUUUGUGGCUGUGGUAACUAAUGACUACCCUGGGUAGGUGCUGAUAUCGGAUCAGUCAUGCCUUUCAGAGCAUAAUGGAUAAGAUUACAUGGACCUGAUCCCAGAUCUGCACUUCUACUCAGACUUUUUGUGAAGAUAGGCCCUGGACAGUGCCAUGCUCUCGACUGUGUAACAAUAUCCAUCUGACCUCUAGCUCUUUCUUUGGAGGUCACCCACGAAUAGAUUGCUAAUGUUUCGUACUAGUGUACUUCCUAAUAUGCUGUGCGAUGGUAAUCGAUGUAUGAAAUACAUUUAUUUUUUGUGAACAGUAUUUUCUCUGCCUAUUAAAAGAUGUAUUCUGGCUAGC